AUAAUCUUUGCUUAUUUAAAAAUUUCAAUAUUAGAUAGAGAUAAAAAGUAAGAAUAGAAUAUGUAGAACUUAUCAAAAAUUGCUCUUAAUACACUCAAGAGCUAAAGCUAAUAAAAUUACUUCUUGAGAAAAUUAAUGAAAUUUUAGAAAUAACAAUUUGGCUUGAAUUAUCAUUUUAAUUUUCCUUUAAAAGGCAAUUUAUGUUACUUAUCUUCUUUUAGAUUCUCUUCUUAAAAUAGAUGUAAAAGUAAUCCUGAUAAAACCUGCUAGAAUAAUGGAGCUUGUCAUUCGAAAUAAGAAAGCUGUCAUGAUCAUGAAACUUGCUAGAAUUAAUAAACAUAACCAAAUCAUUAAAACCAGGAAGAUCCUGAUAUCACUAGAUUAAAAGAAUUGCUUAACUCAUUUUCGAAAGAUAAUUAACAAAACCAUCAUCACGAACAUGGAUGUUGUGGUGGAUAAAAGGAAUGUGGUUCAAAUAAAAUGAAAGGCUAAGACCAUGAGCAUGAACAUGAGAAUGGAUGUUGUGGAGGCCAUCAUCAUCACCACCAUCACCAUGAUCAUGGUAUGGCAAAUUCUAACUAAAAUCAAGAUAAUUCAGUUUCAGGAAAUCAUAAUCAUGAACAUGGAGUAGAUCACCACCACCAUCAUCAUGAUGGUUGUUGUGGACAUGAUCAUCACCAUGACCAUGAUCACCAUCAUAAUCAUGGUAACGAUGCUAUUGAUAUUGAGUAGUUAUCCAAAUAGAAAGUAGAAACAAAAGAGUACUAAUUAAACUCUGGAGAUAAAGUUGAGGCAGUUCUAACAGGUGAUAAUACAAUUUCUUAUAGUAAGAUUUCUCAAAUAAAAGGUGUUAAAGCAAGAGAAUUCGAACACGGUUAAUUACUUAUGAUAUUUACUUGUGGUGUUUGCGAAACAAGAUCUGCCCGUAGUUUUACAAAAAAAGCUUAUAAUGAAGGGGUAGUACUAAUUAGAUGUGAAAAAUGUGAUAGUUUGCAUCUUGUAGCUGAUAAUCUUGGCUGGUUCGAUGAUAAAAAAUAAAAUAUUGAAACAAUAAUGGAAAAGAAGGGUGAAAAUAUUUAAAAAGUAGAUGAUAGUGAAGCUAUUAAUGACAUAAUAUCUAAAUUUGUUAAUAAGGAAGAUUUAAUUGACUAAAAAACUUAAAAUUCUUGA